UUGGAGGUUAAAUAACAAAUAAAACACAAACAUUUUGUAUCGAAAUUGGUAAAGACAAAAUGACGACCUUUUUCGAACACGCCGACCUAGACUGAUGAACUGAGGAGUAUUAUGUUGAGGCAUGGAACUAUAGUUCCAUGGUUGAGAUAUGUCUACACUACAGAACAAAAUACGCAAACGGCGUAGGAGUCGAAUAAAGAGUAUUUGUACAGUAUGCAAACUGUUUCUUUUGGUUGUUGGCAUCACAGCAGUGUUUGUUGGUAUAUUUUCAUGGGUCGCCGUCUAUAAUCAUGCUGUAUCCAAGGAAGUGUUUAUCUUUGUGAGUGACACGUUGUUGGUGGCAACCUAUGCACUUAUUGGUAUGGGAGCAUAUAUUAUCGGCAUGACAAUUAUAGGAGUGUAUGGAGUAUGGAAAAACAGUAAAUGUGCUUUAUUUACGAAUUUUUUUCUAAUUUUGUUGGUACUCAUCAUUAGUAUUGCGUUUACUACAAUGGCGAUUGUAUUCGUCUUCCAGAUGAAACGAGACCUUACUUUGACUCUAAGAGGAUCAAUACUACAGUCGUAUGGCACCAAUGGCGAGGAUAAAGUAACAUUAGCUAUUGACAAACUACAAGUAUACUUUCAGUGUUGUGGCGAAUUCAACUACACGCAGUGGCUUUAUAGCCAAUGGUACGAAGACGAAAAAAUUAAAUACUAUUCGUCUGAAGAAAGAAAACAUUAUCCAAAAUCGUGCUGCACAGUCGAUCCAGAAGAGAUUCGCAUGAUCAGUAAUGAUGGCAUUAGCCCCCGCUUGGUUAACGAAUCAGCUUGCUAUGUCGAUAUACCAAACAAGUUUAUGAAUAACAAGGGAUGCUUUGGAAUAAUUUAUGAAUGGUUGUAUCCCUACAUAUUGAUAUUUGGUGGGAUCGGUGGCGUCAUUAUUAUUAUACUGCUUGCUGAUUUGCUUGGUUUUAUUAUUCUUGUUCGCUAUCUGGAUUUUGAUGCGAAGGACUACAACAAAGACAAAGAUACAGACAAAAUGAGACAUGUAGAUAUGGAACUUCCACCAUUAGAAAACUACAACGACAUGAGCAUGGACAUCCGUAAAUCUGCUGUACCAGAUAUUGAUUUUACAAUGGCACGAAAAUUGUAGCAUCUAAUUAUGAUGCGUUGCUACUAUUUGCACAGUAGAACCAUUUUUAGUCACAACGAAUUACUAUAAUUAUAAUAAUAUCUUAAAUAAUAAUAAAUAAAUAAUAAUAAAUCAUUACAUUUAUGUCAUAGGUUUGAAAAUAAAGUAUAAAUUAAA